CUGGGAUGAAGGACUUGAGCAGAAACUCAUCGCCGACUUCUUCCCUGUGUGAGCACCCACUGAGUCCCAGGUCUCCCAUCUUCCCCCGGGUCACUGUGCACGGUGCCUGGUCUUGAACAGCCAUGACGAUGGAGGUGCUCCCCAAGGCCCUGGAAGUAGACGAGAAGUCUCCGGAGUCCAAGGACCUCCUGCCCAGCCAGACAGCCAGCUCCCUGUGCAUCAGCUCCAGAAGCGAGUCUGUCUGGACCACCACCCCCAGGAGCAACUGGGAAAUCUACCACAAGCCCAUCAUCAUCAUGUCAGUGGGCGCUGCCAUUCUGCUCUUUGGUGUGGCCAUCACCUGCGUGGCCUACAUCUUGGACGAGAAGCAAACGGUUGUGUCAGUCCUUAAGAUGAUAGGGCCUGCCUUCCUGUCCUUGGGACUCAUGAUGCUGGUGUGUGGGCUGGUGUGGGUGCCCAUCAUCAAAAAGAAGCAGAAACAAAGGCAGAAGUCCAGCUUCUUCCAAAGCCUCAAGUUCUUCCUUCUGAACCGCUGAAGGCAAUCUGACCAGAAGAUCUGCUGACCAGCCUGCUAACCUUCUCUGUGGGGUACCACCAAGCUGAUUCAGGCAAACCCUCCUGGGACAGAGCUCAGGGCUUCACCCUCACACAAUCUCGCAGUGUUGCUGGCUGCGUUUCACCUGGUUUCUCCAUCGCUGCUGAUGCUCCCUUGGAUAGUCUCAAUAUUCGCAUCCCUGGCACCUGCCUUUAGCCAUCAUUCAUCCCACUUUCUCUGCCAAGGGCAGUGCAUGCUGGGAAAUUCUUUGGGGGUUGACUAUGCUCCCAAGAAGAACUUCUUGUUGUAAUUGCGUGUCUGAGCUGGAUUCCACAUCUGCAUCCUUCUGUAACUAAAACUGAUCAAGCAUGGAAGGGUAACCUCAGACCCACUGGGUUUGACGGUCUUGACGCCCUCCUUGGCUGAGACAUUGGCUAGCAUUACAAGAGACAGGAUAAUUCUCAUGUACCAAACAUUCCAAAAUCUGAACAGUGAUGGGGGCUGUAGAUGGGGGACACUGUCCAGGGCAGAUCAUUCCUCUGGGCAUAGCUCUAAAAGUCAGCUAGCCAAGGAAGUUCAUUCCUGAAUCCAUAGUAUUGACACCAGCGGCAAUAGCACAGGCUAAGCGGUGUCUGUUUCCCCUUGACCCUCCAGUGCCCUUCUCACAGACUGCCUUCAUCUUGGCAAUUAGCCAAGAACAAAUGCUCCUUGUUCUAACUCCUUUGCCCCACCCCAUCUCUGUCUCUAUGCAUUGCCAGAACAGAAGGAAGGAAGGGUCACAGGUGGGACCUUCCCCUUCCUCUCAAUCAUGACCCAUCCUGAGAUGGGACACCAUGUCUGAGUGUUCUAUGGAAUUCCAGAGAUAGAUUCACCAAAGAGGACCCCAAUCUCUAUCACCCCUGCUCCUCCCCACAAGCAAGAGAGUAUUUAUUGAGUUUCCUUCUCUGGGCCUAGGUUGGGAACAGCCAGACCCAGUCCCUGAUCUCCUCUUCUUUCUAAAAGUGAGAGAGAGGCGGACAUAGUCAAGCCAGUUGGCACCACCCCAUGCAGAGCUCUUAGGGUGGCUAUAGGAACACAUUGGGUCCAACAUACAUUUAAAGGAAGGCAGAGAGGUUUCUGGAGACCAUGCUGGUCCCUCCUAAAGACAAAGGGAAAAUAAGUGUUGGGAAAGUCUAAGGUGCAUAAGGAAGGAACAACUUUUACCUUGCAUGUGAAAAGGCUGGGCAAAGAGGCCUCAUGGAGUUAGGAUUCUGCAUAGCUCCUGGAUGCUGUUUCAUCCCCUCUUGUCUACGUCCCUCCUGCUUUCCCAAGUGCCUUACAUCCAGCUUCCCCUUGGUACACUGCAAGCUGCUGGGGUCUGUAGAGACUGGGAGAGGCAUCUCCAGGGGAACCCACCAAGUAGAUCUAGCCCAAGAGGUAAGUGCCCUCAAAACUUCUUAUAGACACCAAGAAGACAUUAGGUGAAAAACCAGGUGCCCAUAACAGAUCCCCCAAGCUGUGCCAGGCCAGACCAGAGACUAGGGGAAAGAACCUGAUAACACGGUGAGUGAAAAGACCUGCAAUCGUUCCAGUUGACUGCCUUCAUCCCUAAACCUUCAGGCACUUGGGAUCACCAUGGCAACCUUCCACCAAUGUCUCAGACUUUCACAGAACUUUCACAGGCAGAGUCAGAAUUCAUGUUUGUUCCUGUUGCGUUCUGGGGAAAUCCAUGGAGGCAGUAUUUUUCUCAUGCGUUCUCUCUCUCUCUCUCUCUCU